UAGUUGGUUUGCCACCCGCCAUUUAAACAACAGAAGAAGAAGACCCAUCACUACCUGAUCACUACUCUGCGUGCACUCUCUGCUUGGAGAGCGAAGACGACAGUUUCUGUCUGAAGUUUGUUGCAUUAACAGGAUCUGUUCAGUAUGAACGUCUUUCAUCUAAGCCAACCUGAAGAUGAACAUAGAGGAUCUGCACAGGGCGAACAUGCACAGCCAUGCGUUCAGCAAGAAGAAAAUGCUGCCUUUGGCCCCGGCAUGGAUUCCGUUAGAGAGCGUUUGAGAGUGUUGCACACUGAAAUGGUCAUGCGCAACCGCAACAUCCAUGGCGGGCGUCAUAGAGGACCUCCACAGGGCAAACGUGCACAGCCACACGUUCAGCAAGAAGAAAAUGCUGCCUUUGGCCCCGGCAUGGAUUCCGUUAGAGAGCGUCUGAGAGUGUUGCACACUGAAAUAGUCAUGCGCAACCGCAACAUCCAUGGCGAGCGUCAUGCAGCCGCUGCUGUACUGCAACCAUCACCCAUCACUCCCGCAAGGGCUAAUGUCAUUGAACGUGGUGGAGGUGAUAACCGAGGUCUUUUCGAACGAUGCUUUGCUGGUUAUGGUGGUUCAACACAAGAUAUAAUGUUAGAUGUUCCUACCUUAGAUCCUUUACUACCAUCUGUGCUUCGAUACAUAGACUGUCCACCAUUCACGCGGGAAGCUAUGAAUGCAUUUGCUCUUGACAACUGGGCAUUGAUUGUUGCCCAUAUUGUCUGCGCACUCAGAGUUCCGAGAGCCAUCCAACAAAAACAAUUAUUGAUUCUUGAGGUGAUCGCACCUGAAAUACCAACUGACAUGGUAAUGGAACAAGAGUUAGCCAGAACCACGGUCACUGCAAUUCUCAGGAACUACACCGCAAUCAGGGACAACGGAUGGAUCCAGGACAUGAUGGCUGCUGCUGCAGCUGCCAAUCCUGAUGUGGGCGAGCAGCAUUGGCUUAGACGCUUCAAUCGCGAUGCUGCCACAUAUGGUUGGCUAGCAGAUACCACACUCGAGGAGAUGCUCGAUUACUUCCUGAACGUAGCACGGUAUGCCAAUGAUAGACAGCAGGGGCGGUCUUUGAGUGUGAUCUUGACAACAUUUGCUGCCUUUGCCUUGAGAGGCAGUAUCACCUAUUCUAAACUCACUCGAUGUGUGAAAGACUUACAGCCUGUGAUUUCUUAUGCUGCAGAGGCAAUAAAUGCGGCUGAGAUCUCAAUGACUUGGGCCACAUUCGGCCACUUUGUAGACAAUGGGUCAAUGCCAGGAAUCAUGCGCCGAUGGCUAGAGUUUGUGCCUGCUGGGGCUAUUCGCCUCCGCGUAAUCCUGUCUCAAGCUGCUGGAUCUGGUAUGACUUCCCUAGAUGUUAUAGCACGCGCUGUUCAUGAACAUCCUGAAUUCCCGUGGCCACUGGUCAUACGCAUGUAUCCACAGGAAUGGAUUGCUGCUCAGCGUGCUUUGAUUAUAGUCGGCGGUAAUCCUUACUACGGUUAUCGUCGUGUUCUAACUGAGGUCAGAUCCACAAAAUUCAAGUAUCUAGCUUCCAUCUGUGGAAAAUUACUCGUGGCGGCUGGUGACAAGUCUCUUGAUGGUUACCGAGGGUUUGCAGAAGACAGGGUGAAUAACAAAUCCAUCAGAUGGAUGAUAGAUGGGUAUAUGGCUUCCCAUGCUGGUGCUGACCCGAAUAGUGCUAUCUCCGAAGAAGAACACGAGUCCUAUAGGAGCAUGAGGGAUCUUGCUGCUCUCCAUCCAGCCAACAUCAAUGGGCAUGCAAAUAUGGGAGGACAUCCAGAUGUACCUAAUGAUCAAGCUGCACUUGCAACAGCAGGCGUAGACAAUUAACAGCACCUUGUGGACCGUCUCAACAGUGAGGGUAUUUGAUUUUCAGCGAAUAAUAUUCUUCCUGUAGCUGCAAGACUUUCUCUUGCCUGCGUAACACUGACAUCUUGAGAUCGGCCUUUUCUGUCGAUUGUGAGGGUGGAGGUGAAGGAGCAAAUGUGACAUUCGAUUGGCUGUCAUUAGCACAGUUCACGGGUGGAGUGUCCAAGACGACGGGAAUCUCAGAUGGAACGUAUUUCUCCUCCUCUUCCUCCUGCGAAACCGCACUUUCGUUUUCAGUUUCCAUUCUGUGAGGACAAAAUCAUUUAAAUAAAAGUAAAUUUGCUGAUAAGCAAACAUCUAUAACACAUUGGGUAAGCCACUAUCCUGAGUCCUUUGUGUUUUCAAAUAUAUAUUAGCUAAUGUUUUUAGUAAGUAAUAAAAGUAAUAACAAUUGUGACCAUGACCUUGUCAUGCUUUCUACUAUCCCAAUGGCAGACAGGGGAAAUGUUUGUGAAAUCUGUUUGAUAAAGUAAUCAAAUGAGAUAAAACUGUUUGCCCAAACAUCCGUCCUGCCCACGAUUGAAAUGCCAAAAAAGUGUCAAAUUUACUUGUCUGGUCAAACAGCCCCUUUAGUGGGAUGCAAGACCCUCUGCUUGAUGUCGGGUCCUGUCGGGACUUAUUUCUGGGACCAAAAACAACCAGCUGCAUGGCAACUAAUCGUCUGCGGAAUAAAAGUUUUUGUUUACAUCAUA